GAUUGAUCUCGAACAAACCCGAUCAUGCCCGACCGAUUACAAUCAAUUGUACUUCUUUUGAAAUUGUGCUGUUAUGGAGAUGGAAGAUAAUCAUUCUAGUCAAAGAUCAACUAAAUCAAUUAGGGAUGAAGAACUUGAUCAUGAAAACACCAUGUCUAUUCUCAUUGCUACAGAUAAUCAUAUUGGGUAUAUGGAAAAAGAUCCAGAAAGAGGAAAUGAUUCUUUGACAACUUUUGAAGAGAUAUUGCAAAUUGCUCAAACAAACAAGGUGGACUUUAUCUUGCUUGGUGGCGAUUUAUUUCAUGAAAAUAAACCUUCACGAAAAAUGGUUCAUAAAACUAUGGAACUGUUGCGGAAAUACUGUAUGGGAGAUAGACCAUGUUUUUUGGAAUUUUUAAGUGAUCAAUCAAUAAACUUUGCUGCCAAUAGUUUUCCAUCCGUCAAUUACGAGGAUCCCAACUAUAACAUCUCUAUUCCUAUAUUCUCAAUUCAUGGAAAUCAUGAUGAUCCUGCUGGGGAUGGAAAUCUGUGUACUCUCAAUCUAUUUAGUGUGAAUGGCCUAGUUAAUUAUUUUGGCAAAGCGCUCAAUGUAGACGAUAUUACAAUAAGCCCUCUGCUUAUAAAGAAAGGCAAAACAAAGUUAGCGGUGUACGGGUUAGGCUCUGUACGAGAUGAAAGACUACAUAGAACAUUUCUUAAAAAGAAGGUGAAAAUGCUUCGUCCAAAAGAAGAUGCAGAUGCCUGGUUUAACUGUUUCGUUUUGCAUCAAAAUAGAGCACAACAUGGACCGAAAAACCACAUUCCUGAAAAUUUCUUAGAUGAAUUUCUUGAUCUUGUAAUUUGGGGUCAUGAACACGAGUGUCUCAUUGAUCCUCAGCAUUCUAGUAGUGGAAAAGAUAUAUUUAUUAGUCAGCCUGGAUCAUCAGUAGCGACAUCUUUAUGUGAAGGGGAAUCAAAACAGAAGCAUAUUGGCAUCUUAAGAGUUUGUGGUAAAAUGUUUCGCAUGGACAAAUUUCCACUUCAAACUGUUCGACCUUUUUUCAUGAAAGAUGUCGUACUAAAGGAUACUGGCAUCGAUCCCACUGAUGAUAGUAUAGUGCAAGAAUAUUUAACGCAACAGGUUGAAGAGUUAAUAGAAUUGGCUAAAGAGAAGCAUUCUGGAGACCCAAGACAACCAAAAGUACCUCUUAUAAGAAUACGUGUUGACUAUACAGGUGGAUAUUCAUCUUUCAAUGUAACAAGAUUUGGACAGCAGUUCAUUAAACAUGUUGCAAAUACCAAAGAUAUCUUAAAAUUUCAUCGUACCAAAAAAUCUACUUUAAAAGAAAGACUGGGAAAUGAUUUUGCGCAAGUUCGAAUUCGUCCAGAGAUAUUAGACGAUGUUACUGUUGAAGACCUGGUUAACGAAUAUCUCAAUUCAAAUGAAAAUAAAUUACAGUUGAGUAUUUUAUCUGAACGUAUGAUGGGAUUAGCAUUGCAACAAUUUGUGGAUAAAGACGAGAAAGAUGCCAUUGGAGAAAUCGUGAAACUCCAACUUCAUGAUACUCAAGAAACAUUAUCGAAGAAAAACAUUCGAGAUGAAGACAUAGAAAAGGAAGUUGUUAAAGAAACCGAGCGAAGUAGAGCAGAAGAACCAAGUGAAGAAGAAAACGAGAGAAGGAGAAAAGUAUCAUUAUUGAAUGCUGAAUUCCCAUGUUCCAGAUUGUUAAAAAUUUCAAUUGUGUUUCUAAUUAAGUUACUUGAAGACGCCAUGAGGCAAUCUCGAAGCAAAAAACAAAAUUAUGUACCUUUAGAAGAAGAGGUUGAAGUUGAAAUUACGAGAGCUACUAGAGGUCGAGGAAGAGGACGGGGAAGAGGACGCGGGAAACAAUCACGUGACAUAAACAAGACUGCCGUUACAUCACGUGAAACUCGAGGAAAGCAGGAAAUAUUGUUUGAGAGAAAUACAACAUUUUUUUGGAACAGUUCACACAAUACUGAAGAGGAAGAGAAUCCAUUUGACUUCUCACCCAAACGACAGAAAAGAUGAAAUAAAAUAGGCAACAAGAUAAGUCACAGGGCAUUCUAAGCAAAGCUAAUAGUAACAGGAAUAAGACUUAUUACUUUAGACAUGCGACUUUGUACAUAGCUACAUUUUUGUUUAUAAAGCGGGUCGACGGAAAUAAGUUAAAUAUUUGUUUAAUAAAUGAUUAUUUAAUGCAUGUUAAUUUUUCAACAGUUGGUAAAACGAUGGUGUUAAAGUUCAACUUUAUUUACGUUCAUUAUGUACCCUCCCUUUUAUUCUAUAUACCUAAAUCUUUUUCGAAGCUGGAAAACUCUUAAAAAGUUACAAUAAAAUAAAACUACAUGAA